CCUGAGAGCUCGCCUGGUCAGUAGGGAAAUGCCGUCUACACGGUGCUCGGUAAACUUUUAGAGAGUGAAGGAAGAAGUUUGUGGACACGCUUUGACAGUCAUUUCAUCAUGAGUUUACUUCUAUAAUGGGCGGAGUAGAGAACCCAUCUGAGACAGCUAUAUUACACAUGGUAACCACGCCAUCGUCCCCAUCUAUGCCUGCUGGCAUGGCCCUGUUCAAGCAGCAGACAGUGGAAGAUUUCUACGACAUCGGAGAAGAAUUAGGAAGCGGUCAGUUUGCCAUCGUGAAGCGUUGCUGGGAGAAGAGCACCGGUCUGGAGUUUGCUGCUAAGUUCAUCAAGAAACGUCAGAGCAGAUCCAGCCGGCGGGGGGUCAGGAGAGAGGAGAUAGAGAGAGAGGUCAACAUCCUACAGCAGACACAACACCCCAACAUAGUCACCUUCCACGACGUCUACGAGAACCGUACUGACGUGGUGCUCAUCCUGGAGCUGGUGUCAGGGGGAGAGCUGUUUGACUUCCUGGCCCAGAAGGAGUCUCUGAGUGAAGAGGAGGCGACUCAGUUUAUCAAACAGAUUCUGGAGGGGGUCCACUACCUCCACUCUAGGAAGAUAGCACACUUUGACCUCAAGCCUGAAAACAUCAUGCUGUUGGAGAAGAACGUGCCCUUGCCGAGGAUCAAACUAAUCGACUUCGGACUCGCUCACAAAAUCGAGGCGGGGGCAGAGUUUAAAAACAUUUUUGGGACUCCUGAAUUUGUGGCCCCAGAGAUAGUGAACUACGAACCACUGGGACUGGAGGCAGAUAUGUGGAGUAUAGGAGUCAUCACCUACAUCCUGCUGAGUGGAGCGUCUCCCUUCCUGGGAGAGACUAAACAAGACACGCUGGCCAACAUCUCAGCCAUGAACUACGAGUUUGACGAGGAGUUCUUCUGUAGAACCAGUGAACUGGCCAAAAGCUUCAUACGGCAGCUACUGGAGAGGGACAAGAUGAAGAGAUUAACUAUUCAAGACGCCCUCAACCAUCCCUGGAUCAAGUCUAAUGAGUACAAGGAGGAGACCCCCAGCACCAAGACGCCGGACCAAACCAAGACCCCCAAGAAGCGCGAGCGCCGCCAGCUGAAGACCAAACGUCUCAAGGAGUACACCAUGAAGUCUCACUCCUCCAUGCCCCCCAACAACACCUAUGUGAACUUCGAACGCUUCGCCCAGGUCGUGGAGGACAUCGGCCAGAUGGAGGGCUCCUUCUCUAGGUUAGCCUCGACCCACGACUCCCUGCAGGAGGACAUCGACGCCUUGGUCUCCGUCUACAACCACAAGGAGUCCUGGUACAAGGAGGAGAGCGAGGGGGUCCGUCACCAGCUGUCUCAGAUCCGCUAUGAGUUCCGUAAAGUGGAGGCCAUGAAGAGAAGCCUGCAGGAUGAGAUGAAGUUGGUGGAUGAUAGCGUCAGUGACGUCAGCGCCCGCUACCGGGAGAGGAAGAGCCGCUUUGACGCCCUGAGACAGGAGCUGAGCGACGACCUGAAGUGGGUUCAGGACGUGGUGGGGUCGUUAGGGGUCACGGACGGGGUCACGGACGGGGUCGGUGGGGUCGGAGGAGGGGGGUACCUCAACUGCAACUUCUCCACUGUGUUUAAUAAUGACGUGAAUGAGGCACUGAAGGAAAUGCUUAACAGAAGCUGUGGAGGAGAUCUGCUGUCUGGGAUCAGCCUGAACCUCACUGAGUCUGGACUGAAGAGAUAGUAUGGUAUAGUACCGUAGAGUAUAGUAUAGUAUAGUAUAGUACAAUAGAGAAUCAACCUGGACCGACUGAGUCUGGACUGAAGAGAUAGUAUAGAUCUGCUGUCUGGGAUUAGCCUGCAGUACAGUAGAGUACCAACCUGGACCUGACUGAGUCUGGACAGUAGAGAUAACAGCAGUUACAGUAGAGUAUCAACCUGGACCUGACUGAGUCUGGACAGUAGAGAUAACAGCAGUUACAGUAGAGUACCAACCUGGACCUGACUGAGUCUGGACAGUAGAGAUAACAGCAGUUACAGUAGAGUACCAACCUGGACCUGACUGAGUCUGGACAGUAGAGAUAACAGCAGUUACAGUAGAGUAUCAACCUGGACCUGACUGAGUCUGGACAGUAGAGAUAACAGCAGUUACAGUAGAGUACCAACCUGGACCUGACUGAGUCUGGACAGUAGAGAUAACAGCAGUUACAGUAGAGUACCAACCUGGACCUGACUGAGUCUGGACAGUAUAGUACAGUACAGUAGAGUACCAACCUGGACCUGACUGAGUCUGGACAGUAGAGAUAACAGCAGUUACAGUAGAGUAUCAACCUGGACCUGACUGAGUCUGGACAGUAGAGAACAGCAGUUACAGUAGAGUACCAACCUGGACCUGACUGAGUCUGGACAGUAGAGAUAACAGCAGUUACAGUAGAGUAUCAACCUGGACCUGACUGAGUCUGGACAGUAUAGUACAGUACAGUAGAGUACCAACCUGGACCUGACUGAGUCUGGACAGUAGAGAUAACAGCAGUUACAGUAGCCCAGAGUCAGUAACCGAAACAGGAAGUAGAGGACACUGGAAGUCAUCUCUGUGGAAUAUUAUAUCUCUAGUUUGUUCUCCUUGUGAUACGUUAGUAGUAUUGUUGUGAUUAGCUCAAAUAAAAAGUCAAAGUAUUUACAAUGCUUCUUUUUGUGUUUUACAAAGAAUGAUGUAAGAGGCUUGAUAGGUUUUGAGGUUUUAUAUUUAAAGUCUGCAACUUUUAAGAGGCUUGUUUGUUUUUCAUAGCUCAAAGCCAACUGUUGUGUGUGUGUGUGUGUGUGUGUGUGUGUGUGUGUGUACUGUCUCAGCCAAACACAAUAAUACACUGGUCCUUUUAGUCCUAGUCUGGUCCUUUUAGUCCUAGUCUGGUCCUUUUAGUCCUAGUCUGGUUUUAGUCCUAGUCUGGCCCUUUUAGACCUAGUCUGGUCCUUUUAGUCCUAGUCUGGUCCUUUUAGUCCUAGUCUGGUUUUAGUCCUAGUCUGGUCCUUUUUAGUCCUAGUCUGGUCCUUUUAGUCAUAGUCUGGUCCUUUUAGUCCUAGUCUGGUCCUUUUAGUCCUAGUCUGGUCCCUUUUAGUCCUAGUCUGGUCCUUUUAGUCCUAGUCUGGCCCUUUUAGACCUAGUCUGGUCCUUUUAGACCUAGUCUGGUCCUUUUAGUCCUAGUCUGGUCCUUUUAGUCCUAGUCUGGUUUUAGUCCUAGUCUGGUCCUUUUUAGUCCUAGUCUGGUCCUUUUAGUCCUAGUCUGGUCCUUUUAGUCCUAGUCUGGUUUUAGUCC